AUGGAUUUCCACAUGCAGAAAGUCGUGGAAGAAUCUUUCUCUGCUGGUAUGGAAGUAGCAGAAAGGAAGGCAGCUAAGGAGAAAGCAAACAGCAGCAAACUGUUCAAAGAGAGAACUGAGCAGAUUGUGAAGGAAUAUGAAACGAGACUUGCAUCGCAAAAAGCUGAAGAUGAGGAGGAGAUGACCAAGACAUGUGAAUCUCUUCAAUCUCAAGCUGUAGCUUGCAGUGAGCUCGUCGACAUGGCGGCAUCCAUGAUCGAGACAUGGUGCCAGGCGCUGGGCUCGUCUGAGAUAGCGAGAAAGGGUUUGGAAGAGGAGCGGAAGCGAUUGGAGGAGGAGCUGGCCUCGAGUAGAGCAGCCUUGAGUGCAGCAGAAGCGAAGCUGAGUGAGGCGAUGCAGAGGAUGAGGAGGAAGGAGGAGAAGGUCAAGGAGCUCGAGGCGUCUCUCUCGGGCUGCCAGCAGUCGCUGGUGGAGGUCAAGAGCAGGUGGAGGGCAGACGCCGAGCUGGUUCAGCACCAGCUCCAGGAUGAGGUCUCUGCCCGUCUCGCGGCACAGGAGGAGACGAGGGUCUGCCAGGAGGAGCUCAAGGGAUUGAAGGCGUCCAUCUCGCACAAGGCAGGACGCUCCGAGAACGUGCUUGACAACAUCGACAAUGGCAGCCCGGAAGACAUCAUCUGGAAGCUGGAGGAGGAGAGGAAACAGCUCAAGCUUCGGCUCUUGUCGUUGGAGAAGCAGGUUGCGGAGGACGAGCGAAGGCAUGCCAAGGCCAUGCAGCAGCUGCAGGAGAAGCACGUUGAAACACUGCUGGCAGAGAGGAACGCCAAGGCAUUCUCAGAGCAGGUCGCACAACGACUCGAGCACGAGCUCCUCCAGCUCUCGACCUGGGCUCUCAAGAAGCGAGGGUACGGGAAGAAGCAGAUGGACUUCCAGGUGAGACUUGAGAGCCACCCACUGUCUUGA